UAGGUCAAAAUCGAAAAGCAAAACAGUCACAGAUGCAAACACGAGAGUAUUUCAUCCUUGCGACCAAUGUGUCGCUUAUCACCGCAUGUUAACGGUGAAAAACAGUGAAAUCAACGAACUACAAAAGUUAGUCGCCGCCUUAAGAAGUCAACUGCGAGAGAAAGAAGUCAUCCAUGGGACAUGUGAAGACCAUAACCUCAAACAACCUGCCAACUGCAACGUAAACUACGAUCAGAAGAAUAGAAUCCACAUAGGGAAAACGAGUUCAAAAUCUAACCUGCACUUCGAAGUGUCCAAGGUGUACACAUUUUGUAAAAUGGAUGAAGACAGCAAGCAUGCAGCCAUCCAAUACCUGCUGAAAAAGGGCAUGAGUGUACAAGAGAUCCACAGCAACAUGAUGGAAACAUGGGAUAAGAUGCCCCUUCCUAUUCCGCUGCGAAAAAGUGGGUGGAAGAAUACAAUCAGGGUGAAACCUCAAUCCACGAUGCACCCCACAGUGGAAGACCAGUAACAGCCAAUACAAAGGGAAACAUCACUCCAAUUGAGGAUAUCAUUACGGCAGACUGGCGGGUGACAGAAUGUUACACUGCUGAGAGAGUGGGCUAUCUCAGGAAUGCGUGAUAAGACUUAUACUUGACGUGCACAAGACUUUAUAUUGAUGUGUCCCACAACUGUUGACAGCAGAAAACAAGCACCCGAGACACAAAAAUGUUCACGAAAACUUGGACCUUUCUGAGGCAAAAUCCUGUGACAUUUCUCAAAUGUUUUGUGAUAACAGAUGCAUGGGUUCACGACUUUCAACCUGAACCCUAAGAUUCAAUUGCAACAGUGGAAUCACCCCUCCUCACACACUCCCAAUAAGUUCAAGUCAGUCAUAUCAGCUGGCAAGACAAUGGAGUCUGUUUCUUGGGAUUCGAGGGGUGUUAUCCUGGCUGAAAACCUGAAAAAAGAUGAAACAGUGAAUGGAGCACAACUAAUGCAUUUGUGAGAGGACAUGAAAGUGAAAUGUGUUGGGAUGUUGACACAAUAAGUGCUUUUUCAUCAGUACAAUGUGCCUGUGUACACAUCCAUUGUUGCAAUGUCUGCCAAUGUGUCCUGCGCCUUUGUACUGCUUCGGCAGCCACUUUAUUCACACAGUUUGGCCCCUCUGACUUUCUUCUCUUUCCUAAGCUCAAGAUAAAUGUAGCUGGAACCCAUUUUCGAUCAGAUGAUGACAUAAUGGCUGUGGUGGGCCUUUUUGCUAUUCAGUACAAAUCAUUCUACAAGGAGAGUAUAAUAGGUCUGCAGCAGCGGUGGCAAGAACGUGUCACCCUAAAAGGGGACUACGCUGAAAAAUAGCCAUAAACAUUUAGACUACUGACAGCCUUUAUUGGGCCCCCUCAUAUACAGAAAGAAAAUUAGACCCAAAUACGUAAACAAAAACAA